AACACAUCAGACUACUGCUGAGGAGGACGCACAACUGAAUACAACACUGCAGUGUUCCUCUGAUUGCCAUGGAACAAGAAGGCGAUAUGAGAAGUAACGCUGGCCAGGGGGAGGACAAUGCCACGCUCAUCACCAUGACAACCAAACCAGACUACAACUAUGGGAGUAUUAAAGAGAAUGCUCUGGCUCAGCUUCAGGGGACAAACGUCUUCAGUGAUGGACUCACUCGUGUUGAUUUUGUACUGGUGUGGGAGGAGUCUCAGAAUGUCAACAAGGAAGAUAUUAUUGCUGGUGUUAGUUCCAGUCACAGCAAGUGGAGGAAUGACUUUUUAUCCAAGCUAAGAAGGUCUGGACUUCUACUGCAACAGAAGGAGGUUCAUCAAAGGAAGAAGCGGAUCUGUUUUGUCCUUCUCAGCGCUUCAUGGAGUGUCCUGUGUUACUUUGCUGAGGAGAUCAGUCUGAGAGCACCUCUACAGGUUGUCCCCUCCUCCACCACCUACAACUGGUCUGAGCACCUGCUGGCACGCCUAUCCCUCCCCAACCCAAUGGCCCAGGAUGUCCCCAAUCCACCGCAUGACUAUUACACCUGUCAGUUCAGGAACAACAAGUUGUCUUGGUUCCUGGGCAGCGAGGACAGAGAGAACUUCUUCAAGACCACACAGAGGCAUCAGGUGCUCUAUGAGAUCCUGGCUCGGACUCCGUAUGGCUGCGUUAACAAGGGGGAGGUGGGAAUCGACAGAAUGCUGAGUGAAGGUGUCUUCACAGCUGCCUACCCACUCCAUGAGGGUGACUACAUGCCUCCAUCCCCCUUCACUUCACCUCAGGCUCUGAGCCUGAGACAGAUCCUGUUUGCUUACUGGGCUCAGUGGUCCUGUUGGAGACGCUACCAGCCUCUUGACCACAUCAGGGAGUACUUUGGAGAGAAAAUAGCCCUGUAUUUUGCCUGGCUGGGUUUCUACACUGGCUGGCUAUUACCGGCAUCCAUCAUCGGGACAUUGGUCUUCCUGUUUGGUAUCUGGUUCAUGGUCACUGAUCUACCGGCGAAAGAGGUUUGCAACAGUGGAAACACCUACAUCAUGUGUCCUCUGUGUAACAUCUGCUCCUACUGGAACUACUCCAGCAUCUGUGUCACCUACAAGGCAGGACUUCUCUUUGACAAUGGGGGCACAGUGUUCUUCAGUGUCUUCAUGUCUUUGUGGGCCGUCACCUUCCUGGAGUACUGGAAGAGACAAUGUUCAGCUUUGUCUCAUCGCUGGGACUGCUCUGACUUCCAAGAUAUCGAGGAGCGACCUCGACCAGAGUUUACCGCCAUGGCACCCAUGACCGUGAAGAACCCAGUGACAGGAGCUGAAGAACCUUACUUCCCUGAAAAUCAACGGUUUAACAGAACCCUCACAGGCUGCAUUAUCAUCUUCUGCAUGGUCACCAUUGUGCUGAUGUUCCUCAUUGCCAUCAUUUUGUACCGUACCAUCCUCAGCAUUGUCAUUUACAAGUCCCACCACUUCUUCAGCAUCUCUGCCGGAAGGAUUGCCAGUGUUUCAGGGUCUCUGUUGAACCUGGUGAUGAUCCUCGUGUUGUCCAAAUUCUACACCACACUGGCCAAAAUCCUGACUCGCUGGGAGAUGCAUCGCACACAGUCCAAAUAUGAAGAUAUGUUCAUCCUCAAAGUCUUCAUCUUCCAGUUUGUCAACUUCUACUCAGCUCCCAUUUACAUCGCCUUCUUCAAAGGCAGGUUCGUCGGAUACCCCGGACACUACAACACCCUGUUUGGAGUUCGCAAUGAAGACUGUGGUGCAGGUGGAUGUCUCAUAGAACUGGCUCAGGAGCUGCUGGUCAUCAUGGUGGGAAAACAGCUGAUCAACAACAUCCAGGAGUUCUUUAGCCCAAAACUGGAGGCGUGGUGGCAAAAGAGGAACAUGAGUCCUCGCCUGAAGGACGUGAAGGACGAGGAAGAAGAGGAGGAAGAGGAGCACGUUGCUGCACCAUGGGAGCUGGACUACCAACUGCUGCUGUGUGAGGGACUCCUCAGCGAGUACCUGGAGAUGGUUCUGCAGUUUGGAUUCAUCACCAUCUUUGUGGCUGCGUGUCCACUCGCACCUCUCUUUGCCCUCGUUAAUAACUGGAUAGAGAUUCGUUUGGAUGCUCAGAAGUUUGUUGCCGAGUAUCGGCGCCCAGUGGUGGAGCGUGCUCAGGACAUCGGAAUCUGGUUUCCUAUCCUACAGUUCAUCACACACAUGGCCGUCCUGACCAAUGCCUUUCUUAUCGCCUUCACGUCCUCUUUUCUGCCUCGACUCUACUAUCGAUACACCAAAGACGUGUCACUGAAGGGUUUCGUUAACUUCACCCUGGCAACAUCACCCACCGAUUACAACAUGCAACAAGGCAAAGCCUGCAGGUAUCGUGGCAUCAGAGAUGAAAAUGGGAAUUAUCUCCCCGAGUACUACGAGCUGCUUGCCAUCAGACUCACCUUCGUCAUCAUUUUUGAGCAUGUGGUGUUUUUUGUUGCCCGCCUGAUUGACAUGAUGGUGCCUGACAUUCCUGAAGAGGUGGAGAUGAAGAUGAAGCGUGAACACUACAUGGCUAAGGAGGCGCUGGCUGAGAACCAGUCUUUAGGGAAAAUCCUGAUUCCUGCAGAGAAGGACACCUUUUCCAGUGACCUGCGAAAACGUGGACUCAGAUCUCCAAAGCCAAACGAUUCAUCGCCUCCAAACCUGAAGAAGAUCCCUGAGUAACAUGACAUGACAAAUGUCUCUUGACAGGAACGAUUGGUCUUUCUGUGUUGGAUAUCAUCAUCAUAGUUCUUUACAACUACUCCAAAUGUCAGUCACUUGGAAACAUGAUCCAGGAGAUUAAGCAACAGUCCACAAGGCCUGGACAAGAUAUAUAAUACCAACAAGAUCUAGUUAAACCUGCACCAAGUCUACAGUAACCCUGGCAAACAACUGCAAAACAUUUUCUAAGUCUGCCAACAAUCAAAAUGGACAAUCAGUCCUCUAAAAGAAUAAGAGGCUCUCUGCUUGACCUUUGCAAGACCUACAGGAUUCUACAAGUUCUCCAAAAUCUAUGACUAUUUGACACAUUCAACACAUCUUCCGGUGGGUUAGGGCCUCAAAACACUGUAAUCCUAUGAAGUAGAUUGCACAAGUCUCUAGGAACUUUUCAAGACCUGCACCUUAUUAAGAAGAUCAACAAAACACUUGUUAAACCUGCCCACCACUCACAAAAUCUCAGCUAAUCCUGUAGGAGCACUGAAAAAAAUUCAUCUUGAUCUCAACAAAGACCUGAGACCUCUGCUAACCUUGAAAGGCUUAUAUGUCCUCAGCGAGUCUUACAAAUCCAACACAAUCUCUUCUAUACGUUUAAAAGAUGUACCAAAUGGACUGUACAAGACCCACAAGAGCUCUGCUGGACCCGAGUCUUUUGCUGGCCUUUAGUUCUCCUCAAAAAUCCUAAGAAGAAUAAACUUUCAGUUUUUAUUUCCUUUAAAAAUGUCAGAUCUGUAAGGCCAAAGAGCAGGAGACUCUAAAACAGCUCAAAGACACCAGCGCCGAGUGGACACCAAGACAUCCUGUGAGAUUUCUAAGAGCUUUAGGACUUUGCAGUAUACCAAGCCCCAACCUCCACCCAUCAAAGAUGAGCCCACCUAGAAGAAGAAAAAAACUUCCUUGACUGGUUACUUGAGGCUCCGUAACAGACCAAGCUUCCAUAGAAUUCCAUAUUAAUCCUUGCCCUCCCAACUCUUCUGUACUUUGCUGCACGGUGAAACCAUUUGAUAAAACCGAUGAUUAAAUUGUGCACAUAUUCAUCAAAGAACCUAUUGUGGACAAACUGUAUCUGCAUGAAUUACCAACCAAUUCCCAUUUAAGUCAAAAUGGGAGCCUUGCUACUGUCAAGACAUGAAGUUUGCAAAAUGUG